UCGAACGAGGAGGGAAGCGGUGGCAGCGCGGAGGCGGCCUGAGGGCGUUCGAGGCUCCUUCGCCAACAUGUCGGUCAACCCCAUGGCCUACGAGGCCCAGUUUUUCGGCUUCACCCCCCAGACGUGCAUGCUUCGCAUCUACAUCGCGUUUCAGGACUACCUCUUCGAGAUGAUGCUGGUGGUUGAGAGCGUCAUCCUGAAGAAACUGGAUGGGUUUCCCAGCGCUAAAAUCAGCCCGUUCCAAAUCCGGAAGAGCACAGAGAAAUUUCUUCUCUUCAUGAAGGAGCACUUCGAUCAACUCUUCAGUAAAAUGGAAGAAGUGCUUCUGCAGCUGGUGUUGAACAUCCCGAAGAACGUGCUCCUUCCUGAGGACAAGGUCCACGAGCAGUACCCGUACACUAAAGAACAGUUCCAGGCGCUUCAGAGUGAGAUCGACCAGCUACAGCAGCAGUACAGGGCCGAGGCAUCUGCAGGGCAGGCACUUCUAGCAGAAAUCGAAGAACAGAAGACUGUUCAGGCUGAACUUGAAAAGAUUUUGCGGUGGUUUGAUGGGCUUGAGAACAUCUGUAGAGCACAUGGGACCAGCAACUUCAAAGAAAGCUUUGCAUUCCUGACACAAAACUCUAAAAAACUCCAAGACGUACUGAAAGAUGUGGAAAAGAAAAGCAAAAAACUGCAGAAGAGUGAUCAGUUAGCGUAAUGCAAAUUCUGAAAAGACAACAAAAAAGCCAUUAAGACAGCUCACUUAAAAUGAUAGAGGCCUGCCUUUCCGGAAUCAUCUGCUCUAACCCCUGUUCCUUUAAUACUGCAAGGACUGGACUGAAAGCUGGGCAAGCUGUUGUGCUGAAUUGUGCUGUAGUGUGGUAGUUUGCAUCAACUUAAGUAGGAAACAGGAAGCAGAAAAAGCCGUAUGAAAGAAGAAAUAUAAUCUGUACAGGAGAUUCCAAGCCUCCUGAGGCCACUAAAAAGAUUUAUAUUUACUGUGUAAAACAGUAAAUAUAAACAGUAACAGUAUUUGCCCAGGGAAGACAUUCUUUCACUUGUCAAAAAUGCCACAGAGACUUGACACAUACUACAAAAGGUGAGAAUUUCACUCUGACCUCAUUUGGCAGUUGCUACUUGCAACAACAUGAUGCUCCCUCUCAGCGCUCCCACCGCACAGAAGCUGGUACUUUUUCUGCAUCGCAGCACCUCUGCUCCGUGACCUACACGACGCGCAAAUGCCAAGCUACAUCCAGAAAGCAGCCUUAAUAAGUUGUUUUUGCUGUUCCACCUUCUCAUAAAGCAGUUUUCCUCACCUUUACUUUGUUCCUUGCGUCCUGAUGCCUGUGUUCAAGUGCUGGUUAGACAUAGCCCUGCUAAUGAGUUGCCAGCGCAAAGUGACAUCUCUCCUGCAGUGGAAAAUAAAUGAGCAUUAGACAUUGGCUAGAUAAAGAGAAUUUUUGCAGGUUCUCUGACUAAAUUGCACUGACUGAUUGUUCCAAUCAAAGGACACACAUGUAAACACAUAAAAUGAAUGAAAAGGAAAGUUUUGCUUGUGUGUUUCUACAAUAUAAAAUUAUAGAUCAGCAAAGAGUGUUUGGAAAUGGGAGAAAAUACCUGUCAUAAAGUUUUAGGACUCAGGUAGAGUAAGUUGAAAGUAACAAGUUAAAAUUUUCGGUAGUUUUAUUGUAGAGGAAUUAAUUUUCCUUUACAGCUCAAACAUCUACUUCUACAUGUUUUUAAGCUACAAUUUUUGCCCAUCAUUUCAAAGGCAAAUAAGUAUUUUCAGAAAUAAACGUUUUCCCAACAUGUUCUAAGCUACAGGUUCUCCUGUGGUUUGAGAGCAAAAACUAAUUGUCUUCAGCAAGCUGCUGUUUUAGCUUAAAAAAACAGCAAAGAAGCAAUCAUUUAGCCUUAUCACCCAAAAAAUCAGGUCAGGAUACCAACCUAUUAACUCCUAAAACCAAUAAGCAUGUCAAAAUAUUAAAACUCUGCUAUCAGGAAUGAAAAAUUUGGACAGCAGAGGGCAUCAGGAGAUCGUCCCAAGGUUUCAGCUUGCGGAAAAGGCUUUCUUUUUGCUCCAUACCUUUUGUAUGCACCAAGAGUUGUGGAAUGUUUUCUAAGAUAAAUCAGCUGUUUUACCCUUAAUGAGUAGGAGACAAUAUUCUUUUUAUUCGCGCCUGCUCCGCUGGGAUUCGUGCCGAUCGCGUCCUGCUGCUGACGGAGCGGCUGCCCCCGCAAUCCGGGAACGUGGACCUCCAGGGCAGCGCGUUUUACCUGCUGACUCGCCACCUCCUCCUGGCACCUCUCCGCAAGCAGAAGAUCCCGGGAAAGCCUGGCGCGGGCAGGGGCUUCCCCAACCCGCUUCCCACCCACCCACUCCCUCCGGAGCACUGCGUCGAGGCCAAUUAAACAGCGGUUAAUUCAGGAGCACGAGCCAGGCGCUGCUUUUCAGCUGGUAACGCCUGCGGGCAGGUAAGAGUUGGGUAUACACGAGCGCUGGGUAGGGCCCUUGUGACGCCCAGCGCGUCCCCGUGGGGCAGCCGGCACGCACGAGAGCAGCCCCCGCUUCAACCCCGCAUCCUUGAAAACCCUCUACUGCCAAAAAUGAACAUUUUUGAGACAGAUGGGCGCUGCACGGAGCUACCAGCUUGGGGAGGUUUGGGAUGUGGGGUGCACAGCUUCCUCCUCUGGGUGUUCGCACAUCACACGUGGUAAAAUCAGCUGGCUGGGAAACCGCCGCCGCGGGGUUUACGGAAAGCCGUGGUUUGGCCUCCCCUCCCAGCCUCCUGCACUGCCAUCGCUCCUCAGGGCACUGGACCAAACCGGGCACAGAAAACGCGCGUUCAGACAACGUUGGUGCCGAAACGUUGGGUUUGCUCAAGCAAAGGAGCGCAGUCAGGGCUCCGUCGCUGGGGGCUCCUGGUCGGGAUCGCUGCUCGGCUUCGGUACCUCCCUGGAAAUUGCUUUAUGAAAGGAAAUGAUAAAUGGCUUUUUCCUUCUCUGUGCUGCUCAGGUGCGUUAAGGAGAAGAAAAAAAAUUCUCAAAAAAGAAACAUUUUCACACCUAAGAACUAUUUUCCCCUGUAAUUAAACAAUAGGAAAACCA